AUGCACUGGCCUUUUUCCUGCAUCUCUCGUGAAAAUGCGGUCUCGAUACCGCCUGUUCAAGGAUGGAGGCGUCCCGAAGACAACCCUGCUUGCCCCGUGGAUCGAACGGCGCGAAGUGAUCCGCCGCGAGGUGCUCUGUUUCUUCCUGCCAAGGAAAAGAAAAAGAGAGGCAGCCGGUCAACUGUUGAUGUUGCUGGGCGAAUUCUUACCCUUGGACUGCUGCAUGAAGUCGACACCACACGCAAGGAGCGCCUUGAAGCAACGAAGCAGAAGAAGGCGCUGCAGACCAAGCGCGCAAAGAAGAAGCCACGAAGGGAGGUCAAGUCUUGUGCCUGUGGCGAUCAUGUCGUGGCCAAGCCGCAAUCGACGACGGGCCAUGCAGCAACGGAGCUGGAAUCAUCGACACCACUUCAGUCCAAGGUGUCUCUUCGCAGACCAACAUGCCUCACGCGCGCUUUAGAGUCAGAAUCACCAUCGACUUCUCGCCUGAAGUCGAUCAAGCUGGAUGUUGCUAAAUUCGGCGGAGCGGAGUUUGACAAACUCCUCCGCUGGAUUUUACAAGUCAGCACUGCUGCUGACGCUCAACGUAUCUCCAACGACGCCACCCGCGUGGCUUUCUGCGAUGUCGCACUUGAAGGUCAUGCGGCAGAUUGGGCGUUCUCGAAACGCUUGACGGACCGCCACUGCUACCGUCCUUCGUGA